GCAUGGAGCGCGCUGAGGCCUACGGCUUCUCGGGCGCCAUGAGCGGCGCCUUCCUGCUGUCGUGCCUGCUCUUCGCGGCCGUCAGCCGCCGACAGCGCGGGCCCUACAUGGACGAGGUGUUCCACGUCCCGCAGGCGCAGGCCUAUUGCCAGGGCCGCUUCCUGCAGUGGGACCCCAUGAUCACCACGCUGCCCGGCCUGUACCUGCUGUCGGUGGGAAUGGUGAAGCCCGCGGCCUGGCUCCUCGGCUGGACGGGAAGCGUGGUGUGCUCUGUGGGAAUGCUCAGGUUUAUCAAUCUCCUCUUCAGUGCUGGGAACUUCUAUUUGCUGUAUUUGCUUCUGUUCAAGAUCCAUCAGAAGAAUAAGUAGGGCCUCUUCAGAUGAUUGAUCUUUUCUAGCUGGGGUGAGCUGACAGCCCUUUUGCCUUGUCCUGGGAUAAAGUAACAAAGCUCUGAGCUCAGCAGACUAUGUUGCCCCACCUUGAAGAAGCACUAGAGACAGCCAUAAAAUUGCAUGUCAGUUGUUAGCCCAGCCUGGCCUCCUCCUCUGAGAUGUUGCAGCAUCAGCAUCUGCUCAACCUGGGAAUGGAUGGUUCUUCAGCAACCCAGAAGCCAAGGUUGUUUUGUGAUGUUUUGGUUCUUACUUGAUCUAAUAUAAAUUGUGUCCCUAAUUCACCCGUGGAAGAUGUUUUGAAAGGCACAAAUGCAGACCUGCACUUAAGUCUUAUGAUUCAGGCUUCAGAAGUCCUAAGAUUUAGAAACAAAGGAAGAGACAAAUUCUGUAAUGUUUUCUUAAUUUCUUGUACUUAAGGGCACAGUAAAUGUAGUUUUGUUAGAACUGAAAUUAAUAUGGAAAACUGUUCACUUUAUAACAGUCUUGCUUUGUUCUGUACUUUUUGUCAUGUGGUUCCCGUUGAAGGUAGUGGUGAGUGCACGAGAUAAUGCACGAAAAAGUAUUUUUUACUCGACAUGUGACUACAGAAUAAAAUACACUUUUCACUGUUUUCCAUGUACAUGAAUCUCUAAAAGACUGAAAGACCUUACAUAGGUUUCUGCUGGUGAGACAGGUUCCCUGGUGGCCUGUUAGAGCUUGUUGUCCUUCAAAAUGCGUGAGUGCAGCUACUGAUCAUGGUCAAAUGGCACUCGUGAAUGGUUUUUUUCUUUAAUUUCCAGUCACUUUCUUCUUUUUGCAUUUUGCCUGUGAUAUGUGACAAACUAGUGUCAUUGGCUUUCCUAGUGGAUAAGGGCAUUUUUCUGAUUUUUUGUGUGUUGCCUUUAUUUCUUCCCUGCAUCUCAUGGCUUUUUACAAAACUGUUUUAUAAGCAGACAAUGAGUUAUUUAUAUAGAACCAGUCUUGUCCUCUUGUUCUAUACUUCAUUUAUUUAGUAAUAUUUAAAAAUUGCUUUGGAUAAAUGUAUUUCCAACACACAUAACCCAACAAAAAUUACAACCAGUGUUUGUUGAAGGAAAAGUAUUGGAUAGUCUCCUUUCUUUGUAGCUUUUUAAGAAAAUACAAGUCCUCAUGGAAGGAAAAACAUUAGACUGAAGAUUAAUGUUUUAUCCUUAAUUACAAAGAGAUUUUGCUUUAAAAUAAAGUUGUAAAAAUUAACCUUUACAUUUUGGCUUCAAUCCUAAAACACAGAUUGGAUUAAUUCCCCUCUUGGACAAUGAGAGUCAAUAUACUCGAAUUCUUACUGCUCCUAUUAAACCUUCCCUUUAUUGUUCAAAUUAAAGAAAUCAUUUGCCAAUAAAACAUAAAUAAAAAUAUAUUUUCUAGAAAAAGAAGAAUCCAAAGUGGGUGGAUGAAGAAGAGAAGCCUGAGCACUUUAUAUUUAUCAACAUCAAUCCUUCAGUUUCCAGAUUUCUAGUAAGAUGGCUUCUUCCUUCUGUCUGCAGAGCUCUUUCACAGGAGUGAACAGUGGUGCCAUGAUGAGGCUCAAGAAUUCGAGACAACUAUUGCAGUACUUUGUGUAUUUCUUGAAGAGCUGAGCUCCCAUCAGCUUUUGCUUUUCUGGUAAUGUGCCCAAUUUGCUCCUUUUCCUUCACGGAAACUUAAAAUAAUUGCUGACAGUUUUAAACCUGAGGGCAGGUAGGUGACCUACAGAUGAAAGCCACAGUGCUGAGAGCUCCUGAUUCAAACAAUGACAUUUUUUGUUCUUCACCUCACCUAUUACUGUACAACAUGGAUAAUAAGGAAAAAGCUGAGACCUUGGCACUGGCUCUGUCAUUUCAAUUUUUCAGUUCAUUGCAAAUAGGGCUCUGUUGCUCUUAAAUAGCCAGGAUUUCUUGAGUAUCUUACUAUUGGAAACUUACUGCAUUUGAUAUAUAGCAUUUCUGUAACAAAAAGCAUUCCUGCCUCAAAAAGAAUAAUCUGUCCAAAUGAAAAUAAAAUGCUGGCAUGCUUACAAUUAGGUAUUGCUUAAGCAGAACAUUCUGAAAGAUGUUCUUUUAUGAAGCUGUUGCUUGUUUCUUUUUUUACCCUCUCCUGGAGAGUAUGAGAUUUUUCAUUACAAAAUUACAAGUGGCACAUGUUGUGUAAGUCAUAUCUGCACUACAGGUAUCUGUGCUAACCAUAAACAUGACCCAAGGCAUAUUAGUCAGCCAUGGAGAAUCACUUGUCAAAUAAAGCCUGUCUGCAGGAGGACAGAAGAUGCUUACUAGAAUUCAGUGAGUUUCAGGGGUGGUCCCUGCUGCCAUUGCCACUGCUCCUCCAAAGGCAUGUUAAUUAAACAAGAUGCAAAGAAAAUAAAUCUGUCAUGUUCUUGUGGUCAGAAUCCAGGUAAUCAGAGGUAACAGAUGAUGACUGAAAUGGUUUCCGAAAGCUUUGCUUUGUUUUUGUUUUUAAAGAAAUUGUUCAAUAGAUACCAGGUUCAUUGAAAUUAAACUGAAAGGGUAUUUUAACUUACUCCUUGUGUUUAGUUCCUCCUUUGAUACUGCAGAAGCCCAGCAGAUAAUGGGCUGGUGUGUAUGUCUCAAAUGCUGAUAGCUGGUUGUGUGCUUAUAGUAGAAGAUAACGUAUACCAGUUUCCAUGGCAAAUGUGUAAUUUACUAAUAAAACUCUGUAUGUUUUGCAGA